AUGGAAGCCGCCCACGCCGCCGCGCACCCCUCCUCCGCCCCGCCAGGCAAGCGCGCCGCCGGCGACGCGCACUCGGGGCCCCGCAUCGCCCACACGCUGACGGCCUGUGUGCGCUGCCGCACCAGGAAAACAAGAUGCGACCCCGGCCUGCCCCGCUGCGGACCCUGCGAGCGCAACAACGCCCAUUGCGAGUACUUCGACCCUGCCAAGAACGCAAAGAUCCCCCGCAACUACGUCGUCCAUCUGCAGCACAAGGUCCGCGAUCUCGAGCGCCAGUUGGAGGAGCUGGAGAAGGAUGACUACGAGCCUGAUGCCGAGGACGUCGUGCGCGGCGCUGCCGCCGUGCGCAUCCACGAGAGCGACGAGAACCGCUUCCUCGGCCCGUCGAGCGGCAUUGCCAUCGUGAAGCUGGUCAUGCAGCUGGCCAAGCAGUUCACCGAUUCCAAGAGCAUUUCUGACAUCGUCCCCGACUCGCACGCCCGCUUCGUCAAGGAGCGUUUCCGUCAAGAGGAUGCCAAGCCCACGUCCAAAGUCUACCCGCUCGUGAGCGAUGUCGCUGCCGAGGAGUUGCCAACCCGCGACCUGACAAAUCUGCUCGUCCAGCUCUUCUAUCUCAAAGGCGAGUCUUCCCAUGGGCCUCCCAUGUACCCCAUCGUCCACGAGCCGUCCUUCUUACAAGACGUCGAAGCCGUUUACAAUAAUGCCGCCAACUCCUAUCAGAACUUCAUGUAUGCUGGUUUAGCCGAUGCAUAUUAUCUCGCAGCCUUGCGCUACCUUGAAGAUGCGGUCAAACCAAUGGACUUGGGCACAAUCCAAUGCUUCUGCCUCAUUGCCGGCUACUCUCUGACCACACCUACCCGUACCGCUGUAUACUACAUCGUGGGCCUAGCCGUGAGAUUGGCCGAGGCGCUUGGGUUGAACGAGGAAAAGACCGUCGUACUAGGGAAAGGAGGAAAGCUAGCCGACCCUCUCGAGGUGGACAUGAGACGGCGUGUUUUCUGGUGUAUCUUGACCAUGGACCUUGGCUUGGCACAUAGCUUGGGCCGUCCGGCAAUUAUGGCGACGCGCCAAGAGCAUUUUGACCUCCAGUUCUUCUCCAUGGUCGAAGAUCACUAUAUCCAGCCUUCUGGCAUCGCACCUGCUCAGCCUUGCCUCAAAAAAUGGAUUGCCAUCCACUUCUUCCGGAUGAGGCUGUUGCAAUUGGAGAUUCGGAGAAAAUUGUAUCAGAAAAAGAGACCGGAGCCGAAAGAUGAUCAGGACCCUUGGUUUCAGCAGAUGGAAGCGAAACUGAUUGCUUGGAGAGACACGAGCCCCGAGGUUGAUGGUGGAUCCGGUCUCAACAAAGUCUGGUUUGUUGGCCGUUACAAUACGAUGAUUGUCUUCCUGUUCCGCCCCUCGCCACAAGUAUCCCGCCCCUCUGUUCGGGCUGCAACUCAAUGCUACGAUGCUUGUGAAUACAACAUUUACAUGCAACGCAAGCAGAUUGAGACGAGAAGCGUUGAACUUACUUGGAUCUUCACUCAGUCCAUUUUCAUGGCCAUCAACACCAUGCUAUGGUCGCUCUCAUACGCCGAAGUCCGUCGUAUGCACUCUCGAGAGGAUGUGGAACGCCAUCUUAAAGUUGCAUUGGAUGCUAUCGACUUGGCUUCAGAGCGAUGGCCUGGUGUCGCUUCUGCCAGAGUCCUCUAUCAAAACCUCAUUGAGGCCUGCCUCAAGGUGUACGAAAAGAAGGGAGACGUUCCGAUAUCUGCCACAUCUCCGUCCGACAGUGCUUCAGCUGCAUCUCCGAGUAUAAGAGACGACGGCAGCACCAGAUCUCGAACAAUGAGUCCAGCAACAGUAUCUUCCGGGUCACUAUCGACUCCCCCAGAGCGCCCCGACGCGCCUUUCGGCUACAUCUCUCCCCAAACCAAACUCGACUUCAAUAUGAACAAUGACCAGAAUCAAACGGGCUUCCCAAUCUAUCAAUCACCGCAGCAUCUUCAGUCGACGCAGUCUACGCCAACAAACUCUAUACCAAUGACGGCCGACAUGAGCUCACCAAGUAGCAUGACCAACAUAUCAAGUCCCGGAUUUGACCAGCAAAUGCAAUAUAAUCCGGUACCAGUGUCUUUCCCGGAUUUACCGACAUGGUCGCCUUCUUUCACAACCUCUCAAACUCCAGAUGCAUACGGCCAGCAAAUUCCACAUCAGCGAUACCAGAACUCUGUAGAAGAUUUCUCGGGAGCGCCGCUUGCAACAGCUGUUGGAGCUUUGUACAGCGAUUACCUGGGGAAUGAGCAGCCUUCAUGGAGUAUGGAAAGGUCCGGUGUAGGGCUGAACCAAGCACAACAAUUCGAGCUUCUGGAAAGCCUUCAAACUCAUGGGCCAGAGCAGAUUGAGAGCAUGAUCGAGGAAAGCAACGCCUUGUUUGCGCCAUCGUCGCGGCCAUACUGA